UCUCUUUCCGGGUACUGAAGAACUGUGAAAAAUUGCUGCCCAGCAAAAUAUCAACACUCCAAAGUCACCGCUUGCCAUUUCAUGAUUUCAACCACCAACAUGUUUCCAACAGCCUGAGAGUCGGAAAUGUAUUGCGGAGAACAAACAAGAAAUACCUGGUCCCUUCUCAGUAAUAUUUCUCCGUCAUAAAUAGUGUAAACAAAUUUCUUCGUAUCGCCGGCGUUAGGGUUUUUCUUAUCGGAACGGCUCAAGAAUUUGCGGACGGGCGGUUCGCGCACCUGGGACGACGUAGAAGCAUAACCUGCGAGACGGAAUAGGUGUUUAUUCAGUAAAACGCUGCUGGCCUGGCAACUGGCAUGGUGUUUGAAACCUAAUUAGCUGCUGCAAAUUAUCCCUGAAAUUACCCCUUUUCUCAAACAACCAAAUGAGCCCAUAGGCCUCGGGGAGCCGUAACUCAUAAACGUUGUCCUAAGAAAACGAUUUUUCCCUGCUGGAGACUCACUCUCCAUAGCAGGUGCGCGACACGGGUCGGAUUCGGAUUAGUCGGGCAAAGCCCGGAUACCGGGCGGGCAACCAAAAAAAAGAAAACGAUUUCUUCCUUUCACUAGAGGUCUAGAAGCACGCUUUUUAAAGAUGGUAUUGCUCGAAACAGAAACGAAGUACAGUCCCUCUUUCACUCUUUAGCGCUUAUUUCUGGAAAAAACGGACAAAAUGGCGAAGAAGGAGACUGGAGCUUCUGACGUGCGAAUCGACAGCGUAGUAAUAACACCAUGGAAGGCCCUUCUAACGAACGUAACCUGCGGAGUAGGAUUAGGAGUAGCUUUCCAUGCUGCCAAUAAUUUCUACUCCAUCAAUUUGAUUCAAAAUCCGGCAAAAACCCUCCGUCUGAUCUGGGUUAUUGAGGCUCCAGUCGUGAUUCUGCUGUACAGUCUCUUUCGACAUCGUCCUAAUCAAUGCUCUUACUUGAAAGCCGUAGUACGAGGUUUGUUGGCACUACCUGCUGGGGCAGUAGUGAAUGCACUUGGAGCUAUAGCAUUGGGAGCACCCAUGAUUCAGAACUUCAACAGGACCCUCCACUGGUCUCUUCUGAUGUCAGUGCUUACUUGUGUCCCAGCAGCUUCUGUGUUUGGUUCUUCUUGGGCUGACUGGCACCGGAUAUUUGCUCACACAAAGCCAAGUGGACCUAUAGAGUACAUGAUCUGCCUACCUGCUCAUGGAGCUGUCAUUGGAGCAUGGUUUGGCGCUUGGCCAAUGCCACUUGACUGGGAAAGACCAUGGCAGGACUGGCCGGUUUGUGUGAGCUAUGGAGCUUUGGCUGGGUACUUUGUCGGGAUGGCGGCAGCUUUUGGUUUUGUCCUCUUCCUAAAUAAACGAAGGCAUGUAAAAGGAGACUAAUGAUGGAGAAUUCGACAUUAAUCUUAUUGGAGGUUGCUAUCGAUGACCCUAUUGAUAGACUGAGUUGCAUCCAGCUGACCAUAGGACCUCACCUGCUGAGCGGAGGUUUUGUAAUUUUUUCCCAGUAACACUACAAAACUCAUCCCUCCCCAGAACUUUUCUUUUUGCCCGGGCAAUGCAAUUUGCAGAAACUUAGAAGUACCUUUGGUUCCCACUGGAAGUUCAUUCUUUACCCUUUCUUUUCUCUUUCUUUUUCCCACUGUAACUCUAUUUCUUCCAUUAUGAUCUGCUACUGUCUUCUAAAGGGAAAAUCCUCGUCUGGUGUAUGCUGAGGUUGUGAACAAGAAGGAUGUUAUUCCUGAGAGAUUAGCAUCCAUGGCACACAUUCCUCAAAUUUUCGCUUUCCAUUGUGAAAAGCUUGAAUUACUGAGUCCUGGUUUUUGCUUACAGGUGAAGAUAUUUCACAGCCAUUGUUUA